ACGUAUGAUACUAUUUUUACUAAAGUUUCAAGAUAAUCAAUUAAAAACGGAUCCUGUUCACCGAGUUUCAUUCAAAACCUUAAACAUUCACCGAUUUUCAAAUGAAUCUAAAGUAUAAUACUAUUUUUACUUACCAAGUGGAAGUGAAACAUUCUCGGUAAAAUUCAAAUUUAAAGUGAGAGUGGAUUGACACCAUGCCCCCAAAUUUUUACCACUGAUGAUUUUGCUAACACAAUAUAUGCAUGCCAUUUUUUGUACAACACUUAAAUUGUCUCUCUACAUACUGCCUCUCAUGGGAUGACAUAAAUUCCACAAUAUUAGUGACAUCUUUUCUUUUCAUUUAAUCUAAUUAGGGGAUAAUUCAGAUUUUCACUAUUCGACUAAUCCUUUCAGAAUAAGUAUAGCCGUCGAAUAGCACACAAACCAAGUUUUAUGCGUCGUCUAAAUUAUAACACUAUUUCAACUAAAUAAAUAAGAAUAGUUAGAUAAUUUCAUGCUCAAGGAAAAUAGAUCAUAGAUUUACAUGACAGCUCUUCAACAAGUGGAAUUCACUACAAUUACCACUUGGUUUUCCUAUCAAAUUAUUGAUAAUGUAUUUUUUUAUAUGCAAUUUAUUCUUGUCACAUAAUAAUGAUAGCAAAUUAUAAAUAGACACACGUUUCUAAGCAAUUUCAUAAAUAUUUUCUUCCAUCUUGAUUCCUUAUAGAAUAAUGUCAAAGAAACGUGUGCAGCUAAAUAUUCGGACAUAACUUAUCAUUAAAAACAAAGCAACAAUUUAUUCUGUAAAAGUGCUUUCUUGCGUUUAAUUUGAGAAAGGUUUUGCUUAUAAUGAUCUAGACGAAAGGAAUAUUUUGCUCCAUAAGAUACAUGAUAAAUAACAAUAUAAAAUAUACACGUAUUAAGUCAAUUCACUACAAUCAAAACAUGGAAGAGAAUGACAAAAUCCUUGACGGGUUUCUUGGUGCAGUUAAAUUGGCUGUUCAUCGUCAUUUUUUGUUCCCUACAAACAUUUCCUCUAAAUGCAUAGUGUGUUCCAAAGAGAGACGUGAACCCACCAAAGGCUUGACUUGUAAUCAAUGUGGGUUUUAUAUUCAUGAAGACUGCAUUGAGAUCACCAUCCACACUCAUCAUAAGCAUCCUCUUAAGCUGCAUCGUACCAUAGGUUACCGUAAACGUGACCAAUGUUUUCUUUGUAAAGAAAAGUUAUUGGAUAUGCUUUACCAUUGUUCUCGUUGUGUGUUCGAGGUGUGUAUGGCUUGUCUAAAGAAGCCAUUAGUUAUUGACAAACCAAAAGCUCACAAGCACCCGCUUUCCCUUAUGCCCAUCAAUUCUAUCUCCUUCACUUGUGAUGCUUGCGGUUCUAGAGAUAAUGACUCAUAUCCUUGCACAUGUCUUCAAUGUUGCUUCAUCAUCCAUAGAGAUUGCAUUGAUUUUCCUCGUGUUAUACGUAUUAAUCGUCAUGAUCACCGAAUUUCUCAUGUCGAUAUUCUUAGUCCGGAGAAGUGGAUUUGCGGAGUUUGCCAUAAUUCUAUUAAUAACCAAUAUGGAGCGUAUUCUUGCUCGGUUUGUGAUUAUGCAGUCCAUUCCAAGUGUGCAAUAAGGGAUGAUGUAUGGGACGGGAAAGAACUCGAUGGAAUACCUGAAGAAGAGGAAGAUAUCAAAACCGAGGAUAUAGCGCCAUUUGAGGUGAUUGAUGACAAAGUUAUAAAACACUUUAGUCAUGAACAUAUUUUAAGAUAUUUUUAUCAAGAUGUUCUUAUUCGCGAUGAAAACCAAAGAUGCUACGCAUGCGUCCUUCCAUUCUACUACGAUGCAUGCUAUAUUUGCACGCAUUGUGAUUUCAUUCUUCAUGAAACAUGCGCGAAUUUUCCUCGGACAAAAAGGCAUGAGUUACACAAUAAUCACUUUACUCUUUAUCCGAAUCCCAAACCUGGAGAAGAUCUUGAACUUGGCAAAAGCUUUUUCACAUGUGUUGCUUGUCAAAGACCAAGCUGCGGUUUUAGGUACGAGAGCGGAAAUGUAAAGUUGGAUGUUCGUUGUGCUACAAUCUCAGACGAGUUUCGCCAUGAUAGUCAUAUGCAUUCCUUAUUCAUCCUCUCACUUUUUCCUCGGGAGUGCUCGGCGUGUGACCAAAUGGUGUACGGCUCACUGAGUUGUGUUGAACUUGAUUUCUUUUUGUGCUUCAAAUGUGCUACCUUACCAAACAAGGUCUUCCACAAGAACGACAAACAUCCUCUCUACCUACAAUACGAUGGAAAUUUCUACAAGACGUACUGGUGUGAGAUAUGCGAAAAACAAACUAAUCCAAAGCAGUGGUUCUACUCAUGUGAAAAAUGUGGUUCCACUCUUCAUAUUGAAUGUGUACUCGGUAAAUCACCUUACAUGAGGCCAGGACACAGUUUUCUUUUAUCUAGCCGUGAGUUCCAAGUGGUUUCUAACAACCAUAUAUCCCGACCGGUUUGCACUAUAUGUUCGUUGCGGUGCAAAGAUGCUUUUGUUCUCAAGAGCAAGGAUGAAACUGGUACAUCAUGCCUAUGUUCUCUAAACUGUCUCGAUUCUCUUGUGAUGAGUAUGCAACGUAGUACACUGUAAUCUAAUUAAUAAUGUAGUGGUAUAUUGAUAUAAAAGCUCUUCGUUCAAUGAUUAGUAUAAAUAUGUAAACUGAAUGCAAUAUGGCAAUGUGAAAAAGUUGAGAAUGUUUCUGAUUUUACC